UUAAGAAAUUUGCGACAUUUAUCACCCGGAAAGAAACUCUACUGCACCAUUGAACUCGAAGGAAACGUGGACCGAAAGCGUACGGAGCCGGUGACCGCAUCCAAACCAGUAUGGGAUACCACAGCGGAAUUCCAGACCACACAACCGCUUCCCGCCCUCAAACUGAAAGUCUUUAAAGAGUCUUCUGGACCUUUGGCUAUUGACGAUAAAGAACUAGGAAAGAUCACCCUCUAUCCGACUUGGUCCAGUCCCCGCAUCCCCCAGUGGUUACGACUACAAGUCACCAAGCAUUGUCACGACGCUCUCGAACUUCAGGCAUCCAUAUCAAUGCAACGACCGACCAAUUUGAAGUAUGCCAAUUAUUGCUGGAUUCAAGGGAGGACAACGUUCAAAAAAUGGAAACGACGUUAUAUCUGUCUCACACAGGUUUCCCAAUACACAUUUGUUCUCGCCGCUUACGGGGAACAGAAAGCUCAACCGUCAGAGUUUAUGGCCUUGGACGGAUUCACUGUGGACUACUGUGAAGCGAAACCAGAUCUGAUCAGUUCGGCUUCCUCGAUGCGUAGCGUCAAACCAGAUCAUCACCUAUCUACCUCAUCGCUCAGCUCACUUUCCCGGCUGCGGUUCGGCAGUCUGAGUCGAAUCAGUAGCAGUAUGCAUCUCCGAUCGGGCAGCACGAUGAACGUGUCCACGGCUACGUCCGCCAACGGUGGCACAGAACCCGAACUCAGUGCUACAUACUUUUUCAAACUGGUCCGUGAGGGUGACACGGUUGUUGUAGCCACAGCCACGGAGUCCGAUCGACAGAACUGGGUGCAGGCUAUCUAUCGGGCGACUGGACAAACACACAAACCAUCCUUGCCAAGUCAAGCAACCAAUGUGGCCAGUAGUGUCGGUUCGAUUGGCCCCGGAGGGACCACGGGAACAGCCGGAUCGGGCGGGAAACAGACAAAAGAAACCGAAUCCAAUCGACCUGGUGGGCUGGAGGAUCUGGCAUUGAAACCCGCUCACAUGUUUGACCAUCUGGACCUGUUCAUCGAAUUACAAUCACGUAGUUUGGACCAACGCCUACAAGAUUCGUUCGUUUCCCUCGGAUGGCCAAGCCCGAGUCAAAAAAUUAUCCUGGAAGAAUAUUGUGCCCGUUACGGUAUCCGAGAAUGUCAACGACAUUUGGCCUUUCUGGACAAUUUGUUAGACAAAGCGGAACACGGUGUACGAAUCGAUCCGGAUCUUAUUCAUUUAAGUUAUUCCCUGUGUGCCAAUCACGUGACCGGGAAGACAAAUCACGAUCAAGCGGUACACACGGUACUCGCAGUGGAACGGGAACACUUUCAAGCCGUAAAACAACGUUUGACCACUCUGCUCGAGCGUCAAAUCACCGAAUUUCGUUACUGUUUCCCCUUCGGUCGUCCGGAAGGUGCGCUAGAAAAGACAAUCGGACUGCUUGAACGGGUUUUAACCAAAGACAGUGGGGAACCGGCUUCAGCCGAUAUUGUACGUAAUGCGAUCCGAAUUUGUCUGCGCAAUGCGGCUGUGCUAAACUACGAGCGCAUUUCCGAGUACGCCACGAUCGAGGCCGUAUCGGGGAUUCGUAUUCAAGGUAUGGAUGCCACAAACGAACGUAUGCAACAAAUGAUCCAUCUAGCCGAGUUGUGCAUUGAGGUGCUUAAACAGAACGAGGAACAUCAUGCCGAGUCGUUCGCCUGGUUCAGUGAUCUGUUCGUUGCACACGCGGAGAAUUUCUGGUCUUUGUUCCAAAUGGACUUGUUCGAUCUGAUGGAUCACCUCCCGGACUGUCGGUGGGAAGUGUUUGACUUGUUUCAACUAUUGAACGACUAUCUGUCGAAUGAUUCCAAUCUAUGUAAUGGUCAUUUUCACCAAAAUUUGGCCAAUCGAUUCACUCCUCUCGUCGAUCGAUACGUUGAACUAAUGGCCGAGUCCAUUGAACAGGCUCUCAUCGCGGGCUAUGAGAAUGAACGAUGGAUUCCAGCUGCCACGGUGGUCGGCCCCGGUGCAGCGAGCCCAACGAACAGCGAAAAUCUAUUCCUAAACGGCACCACUCCGGGCAUGCAGAGAUCUAGCCUGAUCACACCACCCACAGGACUCUACCCGGAUCAUUCACCUGCCCUGUCCACACGCAGUUCUAUCGGCGGGAUAGGCAAAUCACAGCUGGCCACUUCAUCGCAUCGACUGAUUCGGGAUGUGACCAGUGGACUGAUUCUUGGAUCUGCCUCGGGUCUACCGUUCACCUCGGAACCAUUUGCCUGCCCCCAAUCCUCGAGCAAUAUGACUGGCAGUUCCGCCUGUCAAACAGUGGUCGAAUUGUUGUGGCGAUUGCACAAACUGAAGCAUUUCAUUCAAGAGUUAGCCUGGCCCCAGUCCAAUAAGGCCAAAUCGUUGGACGAACAAAUUCGUGUGCUCUGUGCCCAAAUGUUACGAGAGGCAGUUAAACGCACGUUGAUCGAACUGGAAUUGUGGGUUCGCAAAUGUGUCAAAACUCCGGAUAUGAUUUUGCCGCUCGAGUGUUGCACAAUGUUGAACACCGUGACGGAGCUUCGAGCUCACUUAUUUUCCUUGUGCCAUGCGACCGAUCUGACCACAAAUCCUAGCAGUCCCCGAUACACGACCGCGGCGGGGACGUCGGCUGUGAGCACGGGUGGGACAGGCGGGGCCACGAAUUGCACUCAGUCCGCGGNGUCCGCGAAUCAACUUCACAUUGAAACUGAAGAGUUUUUUGAGAGUGUGCAACGCAACAUGAUGGUCAUUGUGGUGGACCACUUUCUCACUGUGCUAAACGGUGUGCUGAACAAACUGACUCGAUUCGAUGAGAAUAAGCUGAUUUCGUCCAUUCUUACCCUGACGAAACCUGUUGAUGAAGAGGGUCGAACCUAUACGAAUUUCCUCAACGUAAAUCUUCAACGAUUGAGUCAGAAUUUGGUCGACGAAGUAUCCAUGAUUUCGUUGUGUGAGAAAAUAUUCACGUAUUUUGAACUUCAAGGACUGUCCAAAAGUGUACUCGACACCAUCGCUUACCAGACCGUUUCUCAGCGGCUUCAGGUUGAAGAGACCGCGCACAAUGUCAAACAAGAAACCGGUACGACCAGCAGCUCGAGUGCAGGAAAGCGGAAACUUCUGUCCGCGUUCAGCGGAAGUAGCAUGUUCCACCGCAAUUGA